AUGUCCGAACAACCCCCGUCGACUAUUCGCAUCCUAACCCUCAACUGCUGGGGCCUAAAGUACAUCGCCAAGCAUCGCAACGAGCGCCUUAGCGAAAUCGGUCGCCAGCUCUCGCUCUCCUCCCCGCCCCCCGACAUAGUCGGCCUCCAGGAAUGCUGGACGCAACAAGACUAUGAGUCCAUCCGCUCCCAAACAAGCCACAUACUCCCAUACGCGAAAUUCUACUACGGCGGAAUAUGGGGCGCAGGACUCGCCAUCCUCUCCCGCUGGCCCAUCGAGCAGUCCUCCAUGGUCGAGUACCCGCUCAACGGACGGCCAACUGCCUUCUUCCGCGGCGACUGGUUCGUCGGGAAGGGCGUCGCCUGUGCUAGGAUCCGGUAUGGGGCUGAUGCGACACGCGAUGUGGCUGAGGUAUUCUGCACGCAUCUGCAUGCCCCGUACGAGCAGGAGCCGCAUGACAGUUACCUUGCCCACCGGACAGCGCAGGCGUGGGAGAUCUCGAAGCUUAUGCGUGGCGCGGCAGAGCGGGGACAUCUAGUUAUCGGACUGGGAGACUUCAAUAUGCUUCCGUCCUCCUUUGCGCACCGGCUCAUCCAAGCACAUAGCCCCGUCGUGGACGCAUGGCAGGUCAUAUACCCGGACUCAUCGAUCGGAGCGGCAAAGGACGGCGUUGAGAAGGCGCGCGGGAAACCGGUGCCCUCUGCGGAAUUCAACCUAAAUUACAACGGAGCAACUUGUGACGGGCCGUACAAUACCUGGCGGUGGCCGAAGAAGGACCAGAAGCGGUUGGAUAAGGGCGAGGACAUCCUCGUUAAUGCGGACGGACCGGAUAUCCGGGGCAAGCGGCUCGAUUACAUAUUCGUUGGCGACGAGGGCGGAUGGGCGGUCCAAGAUGUCAAGAUUGGCAUGACACAGCGGCAUCCGACGCUGAAGUGUUCGUUAAGUGACCACUUUUCCGUCGAGGCUGUUAUCACGCGCGGCGCUUCUCCUACUGCCUCUUCAAUCGAGGAUGGGAGAGAUCCUGAGAAGCAGCAGAAGAAGUCGACUGACCGACUCACUCUCUCCCCGGAGACAUACGACCACAUCAUCGAUAUGAUCCACGCCUAUGUGCGCCGCGAACGGUCACAGCGGCGAUGGCGCUUGACCCAUUUUGUUGCCUCGGUGCUGGUCACUGUAGGCUGCUUGGUGGGCGUGUGGUGGAACGGGAACCGUCCGUAUAUACCCUUUAUUCUGACCCUUGUGAGCACGUUGAGUUUUGCCGCGGGGAUAUUGGAUGGGCUGAUCGGGGGGUUGUUUGUGUCGAGUGAGUUGAGGGCGCUCAAGGAGUUUGAAUGGGAGAUUCGAAAUACGAAGCGGCUUGCUGAGAGGAGGAAAUAA